AUGGCGCCCAUACGCAAGGUCGCCAUUUUCGGUGACCUGGUGAAAGCGUUGGAAGGGCACGAUGCUGUUGUCUGCGUCGUUGGCCCCGCCGGGAUCCAGUACCAAGCUGUCAUGGUUGAGGCUGCUGAAGCUGCAAAGGUGAAACGCUUCAUUUUGAAUGAUUUUGGCUGGGGACCAGACAUCCGUUCGUUGCCCGAGUUUCAUGACAUCCAUGCGCAGCGCCGUGCGGGAUGGGAUCGGGCACAAGUGCUGGCGAAGGCCAAUCCGGAAUUUACUUACACUGGUAUCACCACCGGAAAUCCAAUCGAUUGGGCUUUACAAAAAUUCCCGCUCAUGGGUUUCAACAUCGCACAAUCUUCUGCUAUCAUUUACGAUUCGGGGACAGAGCGAUUUACCGGCACAACGCUGACUGGCAUUGGACAGGCUGUGGUAGGUGUGUUGCAGCACCCCAAAGAGACGGCAAAUAGAUUUGUGAAGGCGCAAUCCAUUCAGACCUGUCAAAAUGAGCUUCUGGAAGCUUUCGAAAUUGUCACGGGUAAAAAAUGGGAUGUCCAGAAAUCGUCCGUCAAGACCCUUCUGGAGAGUGGACGGAGCAAGGCUCAAGCAGGCACAGGCGGUUGGGUUUUAGAUUUGGUUGUGGCUCAGUUGUUUGAAGAGGGCGAGGCUCGUUGCAUGGUGGCACCAUCAAGGGAGGAAUCUGAUGCAGAGUUGCUGGGAAUGGAAGCAGAAUCUCCGCAACAGGUCGUGUCUAGAGCUUUGUCCAGGGCUUCGAAUGAUACAUAA